UGUAACUUGUCUGUCGUAUCUAAAGAUUAAAGGAUAUCCUAAUCUAAUAAUAGCAGCCGAAAGACAGACUAAGCAGUAGUGGCACACACUGAUCCAACACUUAAAGCGCGGAUCCGGGGCGGUGGUGUCAGGCUGCACUGCGGGGUCGCUGCUGCUGCAGCUCCGGGACAAGUGACACAAUGAUGGUACCAUGAGCGUGGUCUCCUGCAGCACUCUUCACCAGUAGCCGGGCAGAAUGGCUUCUGCUCCUCCUUCCAGAGAGCACAACAGCAGCUCAUUAGCUCUGCACUGGAGGUUAACGCCGACAUAGAUACUCACCACACAGGACUCUUGACUUCAGACUCUCAGGCUUUGGUUACACAUCUGUGUAGAAACUGCCUCAAAAACACGAUUCAUGUUGAGGACGGCGGCAACACAGCAGCAUAACACCAUCUGGAGCGGGACCUUGGAGCAGGUUCUCGCUCUGAUAAAGUGCUGUGCUGGCAGAGUUAUGCCGUGCAGCUCUUCCACACUGAGACACAAUCCUGGACUCUGAGCCAUGUCUCUUCUCUCAGCCCUGAGCAUCGUCUGUGGAUUGAUGCUCCAUGUGGCAUUCAGUGCACUCAACAGUCACUACUGUGUCCCGAGAAAGACUGUACCUUACCAGAAUGAGCUGAAGCUGUUCAGAGAAGAUGGCAUCUUCAACUACUCUACUAUGUUGAUGAGAGACGACCUCGGAGUGCUGCUGCUGGGGGCCAGAGAGGCCGUAUAUGCUCUGGACAUCAACGACGUCUCCGUGAGAAAAGCUGCGGUGUAUUGGCGAGUUACCGAGGAGAAACAAAGGGAGUGCACCUACAAGGGAAAACACGCUGAGGUGGAAUGUCGAAACUACAUUCGAACCCUGCACAGAGUGAAUGGCACCACCAUGUAUGUGUGUGGCACAAACGCUUUUAGCCCCACCUGUGAUUAUAUGACAUUUGUCGGUGGACAGCUGAGGCUGCAGGGAAAGCCAGAGGAGGGAAAGGGGAAGUGUCCUUUUGAUCCCUUCCAGAGAUACUCCUCCCUCAUGGUCGGAAAUGACCUGUAUUCUGCUACUUCCAUCAAUUUCUUGGGCUCUGAGCCUGUUGUUCUGCGCAGCUCAAACUUGGCUCUCCGCACUGAGUUUAAGAGCUCCUGGCUCAGUGAGCCAAACUUUGUCUACAUGGACUUCAUGGGUGAGAGUUUUGACAGCUCCGAUGGGGACGAUGAUAAGGUUUACCUGUUCUUCAGCGAGAACGCCAUGGAGUACGAUUUCUACAGCAAAGUUGCUGUGUCUCGAGUGGCCCGAGUCUGCAAGGGGGAUAUGGGUGGCCAGCGGACGCUGCAGAGGAAGUGGACGUCGUUUCUGAAAGCUCGUCUGGAUUGUUCCCUCCCUGAACCCAGCCUGCCCCCCGUUGUCCAGGAUGUCUUCCUGCUGAAGCAUGAAGACUGGAGGAAGAGUGUCUUCUACGCUGUCUUCACCCCGCAGUCGAGCUUGUCUCAAGUAUCUGCAGUGUGUGCGUACAGCGUGUCCGCGAUCAGAGAGAUUUUCAACGAGGGAAAGUUCAAGACGCCCGUUGCUGUGGAAACAUCCCAUGUGAAGUGGGUGAUGUACACUGGAGAAGUGCCAGUCCCCAGACCAGGAGCAUGCAUCAAUGAUGUGGCGCGCAAAAUGGGGAUGAAUCGCUCUCUAGACCUUCCUGACAAAACCCUCCAGUUCAUCAGAGAUCGCCCCCUAAUGGACGAAGCUGUUCGUCCUCUGACAGGAGGACCACUGCUGAUCAAGAGAGGGGCUCUGCUGACUCGCAUCGUAGUGGACAGCACGCUGGCGCUGGACGGACAGAUAUAUGCCGUCAUGUUCAUCGGCACUGACAACGGUUACAUACAGAAGGCCGUUAACUACGAUGGAAAAAUGUUCAUAAUUGAGGAGCUCCAACUUCACGAAAACCCCGAGCCUAUCAACAUCCUGCAACUCUCCUCGACAAAGGGUCAGCUGUAUGCAGGCUCAGAGUCUGGUGCUGUCCAGAUGCCAGUGAGUAACUGCAGCCGCUACGACACGUGUGUGGACUGCGUCCUGGCCAGAGAUCCGUACUGUGCCUGGGACUUUUCAAGUGAGCGCUGCUCCUCUGUCCAAAGCCUAACCCGCUCCUCAAACAAUGCAACGCAGAGUCUGAAGGAAGGAGACGUCUCACGCUGUCCUCAGCCAGAUCCAGUAGCAGCUGUAAAAUUGACCCUUGUUCCAGAGAACAACAUCCAUCUGCCUUGCCAACUCCACUCCAACUUGGCCCAGGUCCUGUGGCAUUUCUCUGAGCAAACGCUUCACUCCAAUCACAAAUACUACAUCCACAGUGGAGGACUGCUCAUCAUGAGUGCUACCGAGUCAGACGCUGGUCUUUACACCUGCGAUUCAGUAGAGCAGAUAAACGGCAGGACAUACAACCGAACUGCGGCGGUUUAUCGUUUACAGCUCCACUCUGACCCAGAGGUGGGGGGCAGCACCACUCCUGGCAAUGAGGUGACAAAUUCCUUUGACUCUGCUAACACAGCUACACCAGAGCCGGGGCCAGACGACACCGGCGAGGACCCGCCGACCCCGGAGAAUCUAAACGACACCGGCAGGGUAACGCGUUUGGAGGUGGCCGUGGCUCUGCUGUCGCUGCUCUGCCUGUCUCUGAUGGGGGUCAUGCUCUACAUCUGGCUCCGGGGACGCUGGAAAUGCUGCAAGUUUGCGCCCGGGCUGCAGAACGUGAGCGAGAGAGAGAACGGGAAGCAGCAGUCGUGUGAAUACAUGCACAUACACAACAGGAGUUCAGACAUUAAGAUGCUGGGGCCUGAAUCUGUGAGACCAUGCGCCGCCAAUAAUAAUCACCACACUGCUGUUGACUUCAAAGGGAACGGAGAGCACCACUUCACACCUACGGCCAACAUUUCAAGUCUGGAUGGUCUUGGAUACAUAAAUGAUGAGUCAGAGAUUUGACUCUGCUGAUGUAUAGAAGUCUGAGACCAACACCAGUGCACUAAUUAUCUAACUAUAUGUGAGCAUCUAACAAGUCACUGUUCUCAGGAAUGAUUUUCACUUUGAAAAUUCUGUUCAUUGGUGUCCUGUUUCUCCCUGCACCGUCUUUAAUUUUUUACCCGGCAGCUGAUGAACUUUCUCCUGGAGAAAUUUCCUCUCCAGGAAAUAGUUGAAAAGACUUUUUAAAUAUAUGUAUUUUUUCAUACAAUGACAAAUUGUGAAUAUACUUUGUGUAAUA